AUGCAGAACGUUCACGUGUACGAUUCCACAGUGAUUGAAGCGCUGGUACAACAACGUCAGUCCGUCGUGCGGUUUGUGUGCGACGCUAUCGUCUCUGCUGUGGAUAAGCAUGAGGCGUCCUUUGACCAACGUGGACGCAAGAACCUCGAGAAGUUCAAGUUCACUCAAGUUAAGGGUGAUGCCUACACACUGCAUAUUCCUCUCUCGAUGCGUCUCCAUUCAGCCUUCUAUGUUGGACGUCUCAAGCAUUACUGGCCGGCUAUUCUUCCGUCGUCGGUUGACUCACCACGGGCGUAUACCGCGUUCAUAUAUUGCGUGGUCACCUCGUCUGAGGAGGCUGGCACAUCCCACGCAACACCGCGGAGUCUCGACGAAGAGCGGCAUUCGAUCCUUCCAGACGUUCAAGACGCUGUGCGAAUCCAGCAAUUGCACACUAAGUCUUCUCAGAAAGGCCUCUACAGCCUCGAUUAG